CAGGAUGGCGGGGGGGGUGCUGGAGGUGCAGGGGGUCCCCCCCGACGCCCCCGAGGAGCUGCUGGUCCUGUACUUCGAGAGCCGGCGGCGCUCGGGCGGGGGGCCCGUGCAGAGCUGCCAGCGCCUUGGCCCCCUCCUCUUCCUCACCUUCGAGGACCCCCAGGAUGCUCAGAACGUGUUGGCUCACGGCAGCCACAGGCUGGGGGGGGCCGAGCUGGGGGUGCGUGCAGCCCCCCCCUGGGACCCCCACCACCUGCUGCUGCACUGCCCGGACCCCAGGACGCCCCCCCAGCACCUGGACUCAGCCCUGGAGACCCUGCUGGGGGUCCCCCCCGGCACCGUCACCCUGUGCCAGGGCUCCGUGCCCGGCUGGCACCCGCUGCGCCUGCGGGACCCCCUCACCCCCCCAGAGCUGGCCUCGGCGGAGCAGCGGGCGCGGCAGCGGGGGCUGGCGCUGCUGCGGGCGCCGCAGAGCCCCGCGGUGCUGGUGCGGGCGGCGGGGCCGGCGCUCGGCCGGGACCUGCUCGAGCUCUACUUCGAGAACCGGCGCAGCGGCGGCGGCCGCGUGAGCCACGUGCGGCCGCUGCCGGGCGGCCACGGGGCCAUCGUCACCUUCCAGGAGGCGGCAGCCGCCGAGCGGGUGCUGCGGAGGCAACACCGGCUGCAGGACGCGGUGCUGGAGCUCGCCCCUCACUACCCCUUCCUGGAGCUGCUGCAGGGGAGCACGGACCUGCCCCCGGACACUGUCCCUGCUCUGGACAGGGCCCCUGCUCCUGACUCAGACCUGGUCACGGACCCCUUGCCGGACAGAGAUUGCCCACCGGACACGGCCGUGUCCCCGGACAGAGACCCCACGGUGGCACACGUGAACCCCCCGCAGAACACGGCUCCGUCCUCAGUCAGAGACCCCACGGUGUCACACGUGAGCCCCUCACCGGACGCGGCUCCAUCCUUGCUCAGAGACCCCACGGUGUCACACGUGAACCCACCACCGGACGCGGCCGUCGCAGUCCCGGCACUGCCGGCAGCACCGACAUCGCACCCGGCACCGGGACGGCCGCCAGCCGCCUGCCCCGGCCGGGACCGGCACACGGAGGGGUUCAGGGCCGUGCCGGGCCAGGCCCAGCGCCCGGGGCUGUUCCCAGAAGCAGAACCGGCAGCGGCGGGGCUGCAGCAGGACGAGGCGCUGGUGCCGGCGGAACCGGGAGCGCUGCGGUUCCUGCAGCAGCACUACCGGGACGUGCUCGGCAGCGUCCCCGGGGUGACCCUGCUGCCGCUGGACGGGGGAGACGUCUCCGGGCUCCGGGUGAGCGGCGGGCAGGGCUGGGACAGGGGGAGGACAGGGGAGGACAGGUACAGGGUGGUACAGACAGGUGAGCAGGCAGGUGCUGGCGCCCCGGUACCGAGCCCUUUUCCCGUGCGCCGCCAGGUGAGCGGGGAGCCGGCCCGGUGCCGGGCGGUGGCGGAAUUCCUGCAGAGCCUGCUGGACUCGGUGGCCUCGCACCCCACAACGCUGCGCUUCCCCGGCGUCGCCCGCUUCCUGCGGGAGCCGGCCGGGCAGAGCCUGCUGCGGCAGCUGGAGAGCCGCUUCGGCUGCAUCAUCCAGCUGCACGGGGAGCCCUGGAGCCCUCCGGAUCCGCAGGUGAGCCUCACCGCCAGCGCUCCGGCACCGUGCCGGUGCCUGCUGUGCCGCAGCAGCGCUCCCGAUGCCGCCCGUCCGUGCCCGCAGCUGGAGCUGGAGGAGCUGCUGCCCCCAGGCAGCCACCGGGAGCUCUGCUCGCCCUCCUGGCACCGGGACCUGCCCGAGGACAGCGACGCCGCUUCUGAGGACACCGGGGAUGGCGGCGACAGCGGCUUUCGCUCCAGCGCAGAGGAGAUCAAGGAGGUGCUGGCAGCGCUGCAGCCGCGCGGCCCCGCCGGGCGUGGGAGCCCCGGCCCGUGGCCCGAGCCCGUCGCCAGCGGCGAGUGGGACCUGGAGGCCGAGUUCCCCUGCGCGGCCGGCGGGGACGGUGCCAGGGAGCUGCUGUCGGACACCGGCGUGGAGGAGGAGGUGCAGAUGGCUCUGGCCAUCCAGUACUCCAUGGACCGCACGUGCUGCGAGGAGGAGGAGCUGGCCCGCGCCACCGCUCUGUCCCUGCGCUCCUACAGCCGGGAGCGGGAGCAGGAGCGGGCCGAGGAGGAUGCCCGGCUGCUGGCCGCGCUGGAGGCCUCGCUGGAGGAGGCGCUGCUGGCGGCAGACGCCGUGCGGGUGACGGUGUUCUGCUCCUCGGAGCAGGACGCGUCGGCGGUGCCGGGGGAGCUGGAGCGGGAGCUGGCGGCGCGGCUGCGGGCGCGGGAGGUGGCGAGCGAGCGGCUGCGGGCGCUGCCAGCCGCCGGCCGCUGCGCGCUGGCCCUGCUGCGCCGCCGCCACGCCGUGCAGCUCGCCCUGCAAGGUGGCACCGCCACGCUGCGAGGCUUCGCCGGCUUCGUGGAGCCUGCCGCACAGGAGCUCGCGUGGCUGCUCCGGAGCGUGCCGCCGCCGCGGCACGGUGCCACCGCCACCACCGCCACCACCGCCACCACCGCGCACUGGGUGCGCUGGGACUCGUCUGGCACCGCUGUCCCCUACGGCCCCGAGGCCGCGGCGCAGCUGGAGCAGGCCUGGCUGCGUCAGGAGCGCCGGCUGGAUCUGGUGCUGGACGGGAGGCCCUUCACCGUGGAUUUGGAGCGCAUGGAGGAGUUCGACAUCGGCAGCGCCCGCGCCGUGCCCGUGUGCCGCAGCCAGCCCCCGCUGGACGGCACCUGCUGCCUGCUCGGGCCGGAGCUGGCCGGGCUGGAGGAGGAGGUGCGGCUGAUGCCGCUGGCCGAGGACUCGGAGGAGUUCGCCGAGGCGGCGCAGCAUUUCUGCGGGACGCUGGAGGAGCUGCAGGACCAGAUCAGCAUCGUGCAGGUGCAGAAGCUGAUCCACCCGGUGCUGUACAAGCAGUACCAGCUGAAGAAAGGCAGCGUCAAGCGGGCCUGCGCCGCCGGCACCGCCGUGGAGCGCGUCCUCUUCCACGGCACCACCAAGGCCUCCAGCCGCGAGAUCUGCCUGCACGGCUUCAACCGCAGCUUCUGCGGGAAGAACGCCACGCUCUACGGGCUCGGCGUGUACUUCGCGGUGCGCGCGGCCGUCUCGGCGCGGGACCGCUACUCGCCGCCCAGCGCCAGCGGCACCAAGUUCAUCUUCAUGGCCAAGGUGCUGAGCGGGGAGUUCGCGGCCGGGCGAGCGGGGCUGCGGGCGCCGCCGCUGCGGGAGGGCUCCGGGGUCCCCCGGCGCUACCACAGCGUGGUGGAUGACCCCCGGCAGCCCGACAUCUUCGUCAUCUUCAACGACACCCAGGCCUACCCCCAGUACCUCAUCACCUGCCGCAGCCGCCACGGGGGCCCCCUCUGAGCCCCCCCGGCUUCGAGGACCCCCUUUUAUCCCCCCGGCGUGUCCCGGUGCUGUUGUGGGGGUUUCGGUGUCCAGGGGGCCCUGCCGUCGGGACUCGGGGCGCAGGGAGGUUCCUGCCCUGCCCAGGAGCUCGGGGCGGGGGGAUCCUCACCUGGGCACGCUCCUGGGCACCCCCGUGCCAGGGCGGGAGGGGGACAGGAGGACUUGGGGUCACCUGUGUGACAUUAGUGAAAUUUUA